AUGCGCAGCGGCGUCUCUUUGACCCUUGCUCUCUCCGCAUGCCUGUCUAUAGCCGCGGCUCUCCCGCAGCCGGCUCUUGUCCUCCGGGCUGCGGCAGUGGACGAUCACCACAAGCCCAAGUAUUCCGUCGUCCCGCUUGAGCCAGGACCAGAUCAGCCAGGCGGAGGAGGAGGCGGCGGCGGCGGCGGUGAUGGAGGAAACAACGGCGGCGGCGGAGGGGGAGGUGGUGGAAGUGGCGGCGGUGAUGGCACGGUUACGGUGGUCGAAACCCUCGUCAAGACCAAGACCAAGACUCCAGCUACGACGGUCACCGAGAUCGUCAAGGGCUCGACGGUCACCCGUACGGUCCCAACGACGGUAUCGAUCGUCGACAUUACGGCAGACGUGACCAGGACCGUCUUUGUCACUCCGACUCCCACGUCUACCAAACAUGGCACAAGCUCUGCUACGACGACAGUCAAGACUCGAUCGAGCAAGGCCCCAAGCACAAGUGUCACGUCGAAAGAGACUACUAGCUUGAAGGCCCCGAGCACAACUUCUACAUCGAAGCACACUACCAGCUCAAAGGCUGCUACUUCAACAAAGGCCUCGGCUACUGCAUCUACCGUUUCACCGUCAGCUUCAACUCCGCAGAGGAGUUCUCAACAAGUCACCGCAUCGGUACCACAAGCAACGAGUGCGGUUGACACGACUAUCGCAUCGACCAGGCAUCCAACCCCGACUGCCUCGUCUCAGUCCAGCUCUGCCGCAUCUUCUUCCUCCUGGAUGGCCACAACAGCAUUGUCGAGCACUGCAUCUGCCUUCACCACCGUCUAUACCUCUUCAUCCACCAGCACCAACGAUAAUGGCCAGUGGCAUACCACGUACCCUCCCUGGAACGGGACGGACUUGCACCACUACCGCCCGUACCGUAGAUGA